AUGCGUGACGCUGCCAGCCGGACAGGCUUCUUCCUCGUCGACGACUUUGCCGGCGUUCCUCGCCACGUCGUCGACGCUGCUUUUGACGCCGCCGCUCGAUUCUUCACCGCCGACACGACGACCAAGAUCGCUGCCUGCGCCUGGGAGGCCGAGACUAAUGCCGGCUAUGUGGCCAUUGGCCGGGAGAGGCUCGGCGUCUCCCACCCCGACGUCGGCAAGGAAGCGCUCAACCUGCCCCGCGACUCGGCCGCAACAGUCUUGGCGGCUGUUGCCGCCACCACGGACAAAGCCGACGCCGACGCACUCGCCGCGCUCCUCGAUGCUGCCUCGGCUGCCGCCCUUGCUCUGCUGGCCGCCAUCGGCGAGGCCAUGGGCGACGACGACAUUGCCGCCUUUGUCGCCGCCCACGAUGCCUCGGCGGCGCCCGCCGCUACCUCGGGCACCACCCUCCGUGCCCUUCACUACUCGCCGAUCACAGACAGUGACGGCGUUGUGGCUGUCGACGACGACGGCUGUGUCCUUCGUGCUGGUGCGCACACAGACUACGGCACCAUCACGCUUCUCUUUCGCGAUGAUCGCGGCGUCGACGACAACGACCCAGCUUCCACUAGCGAUGAUCUGGAGGUCCUUGUCGGCAAUGACUGGAUCCGCGUCCCGGUUGUUCGCAAUACCGUCGUCGUCAACGUCGGCGACCUCCUCCACGACUGGUCGACAGGCCUCUUCCCCUCCACACUCCACCGCGUCCGUGGCCGCGCCACCGCGCAUCGCUUCGCCCUCGCCCUCUUUGUCCACCCGCACGACCACAUCGCGGUCCGCAACAUGCCCGGACUCACCGCCGGCGACCAUCUGCGAUCCCGUCUCGAAGCCAGCUACACUGGCACUCCCAGUCAGUCCUGACCUUGUCCCUAAACAC